CUCUGAAAUGAAACAGCAGGGAGAAUAUCAGUACUGGAAGCUGACUUGCUGUAUCAAAGUUUGCUGAUGCUGUGACAAAGCUCCACAGGGAAUGUAAAACAACGUAAUUUUCAUGGCCAAAGCACAGUUCUGCCUCCAUUUAAGCUCUUCUUUAACUAGAGCUGGGUAGCUGCUGGUUCACACAGCAGCUAUCUGGAGGCAGGUGAUCGCCCUGAUUUAGCAGUACCACUAGCCACGUGACAAGAAAAUGGUGGAGGAUGUGUAUUCUUAGUGAGCUGCGGCAGAAACAGGAAUGCUGAAGUGCAGCAGUAAAGCAUCUUUAGUAUUUUCCCAGUAGAAAGGCAUCUUCAGGUCUUUAGAAGGUUGGUACAAGAGGAUGUGGGAAUGGACAUCCCUUUUGCUGAGGGUGUACUAAGCCCGAGUUCUACAGAGAUGAGGCCUGAACCUCCCAAUUCUCUUGAUCUAAACGGUUCCCAUCCCAGAAGGAUAAAGCUCACUGCUCCAAAUAUCAAUCUCUCUUUGGACCAGAGCGAAGGAUCUGUACUUUCUGAUGAUAAUUUGGAUACGCCGGAUGAAAUUGACAUCAACGUAGAUGACCUUGACACUCCUGAUGAAGCAGACUCUUUUGAAUACCCUGGACAAGAAGAGCAGACAGCUACUAAGAAUGCUUCCCAGGAGGAGUCUGAGUCAAUUCCAGAGUACACUGCUGAAGAAGAGCGAGAGGAUAACAGGUUGUGGAGAACAGUGGUUAUUGGAGAGCAAGAACAAAGAAUUGAUAUGAAAGUGAUUGAACCUUACAAAAAGGUCAUUUCACAUGGAGGAUACUAUGGUGAUGGUCUGAAUGCUAUCAUUGUGUUUGCAGCAUGCUUCUUGCCAGACAGCAGUCGAACUGAUUACAACUAUGUCAUGGAAAAUCUUUUCCUCUAUGUAAUCAGUACCUUAGAGCUCAUGGUAGCUGAAGACUAUAUGAUUGUCUACUUGAAUGGAGCAACACCAAGAAGCAGGAUGCCUGGACUGGGCUGGAUGAAAAGAUGUUACCAGAUGAUUGAUCGACGGUUACGGAAGAAUUUGAAAUCAUUUAUAAUUGUUCAUCCAUCAUGGUUUAUCAGGACAAUUCUGGCUGUGACAAGACCUUUUAUAAGUUCUAAGUUCAGCAGUAAGAUACAGUAUGUCAACACAUUGGCAGAGCUUCGUGAGAUGAUUCCAAUGGAAUAUGUGCACAUACCAGACAGUAUUGUCAAGUAUGAUGAAGAGAGGUGUAUUAAGAGAAGAAUGAGACUGGAUGAAGAGCUGAGGGAAACUUCAGAAACAGCUAAAACUAGCUGCCUUUCAAAUGAUCCAGAAAUCACUUCAGUGGAGCAAGACAUUGACAUGACCCUGAAAUAAAAAGCAUCAUUGCCACCCAUCUGAAGAAGAGGGUUUGCUUGGAUUUUCUCACCCAGACGCCUGUGACCAUGGUGUACAGCAGGCAGUUUCGGUUUAUUUUGUUUGUUUUAUGGUUUUUCCAUGUCAUUCAACAAUUCAAGACCACCAAAAGGAGCAAUCCUGUUGCCAUGGAAACAGCAGAAUUUGGGGCCUGUGUUGUUAUCAGAAAUGGAGUUUUCAUUAGGAAAGCUGUAUUGUCUAGCACUGUUUUCAAUGUGUAUGUGCAAUUUCUGUUUAAAGGGAUACCAUUUUAACAACAGUGUGCCUCAUCAACAAAUCAGUAGAAGAUAUAAAUUUUUGUUUCUUUUUUGCCUUCAGCAUAUUAAUGUUUAUGCAUAGCCAAACAGAAUAGUUAUUGUUACAAUAAAUUCUAGCUUAGUUGUGUCACAGAGCAGCAGCAACUUUGUUAUUUAAGAAUAAUUCUAGAAAUGAUGCAGGACUUUCUUGAAUUUGUUUGUUUCUUGCUGUCUGGAAAGUCUUUCUGUGUUCAUUUAACUCUAAUGACUUUUUUAUUUGGUCACAGAUAAGACAUGCAUUAAAUAAAAUAAUAAUUAGCCAUAGACUUCCCAGAGGACAAGUGAGUAACUGAAAUUAAUUUUAUUUUAAUCGUUUAGUUUAGUAUUUUUAUUUUGGUUUUUAUAGAAGCAGCUAAUCCUGUAAAUGAUCGUCAUAUAUUCUAAAAGCCCUGGAGUAUUAAUUUGAAGUUGUUGUUUUCUAAAACUGUUUUUCUAAAUUAUUUUUAAGUUACAAGUCUUUGAGUGGCAUCCUCACUCUGAUUGUAAAGGCUGUUAAUGCUAUGAAUAUGAAACAACUACUUAGUAUUUUCUUCUAACAACUGAAGAUUAAAUGUAUAAAUCUAAAAUUGGGAGUCACAUUCAUUUGUUAGGAAUAGAUGUCCAAGUAGUAUUCAGAAUGUAUCUAACAUAAAACCCCCAAGUACUACAAUGCAGUUUAUUGUCAUGUCACAGAAUACAACAGUGAAAACAUGAAAUUAAGAAAAACACUAAGCAUUUCUUUGUUUGCUGAGAUCCUGUGUACUGGCACAAAAGACACUACAGUAAGUCCUCACUUUCACUAGAAAAUACUUGCAGUCUCUCAGACCAUUCUUUUGCAAGAGACAGCAAAUUAAUUGCUGCAUAAAUUCCUCUUGUCUGCUUUAAAAUGACAAGAGCCAAGAAUAUGGCUGAUGUUUUGUCUUCCCCUUAGUGAACACACACAUGCACUUCCCAAACCUGUGACUCAUCUGCCUUUUGGGAUGUCCUAAUAGAAUUAAUAGUGUUAUGCAGUCUCUGAAAUACUAGCUUCAGAAGAUUCCCAUAUAUCCUGGAAUUAUAUCUGUGGAUUCUGUACUUUGUAAAUACAUCUAAGGUAAAUAAGAUCAUUGACAUAUAAAUUCAACAUAAUUUGCACCUUCUUUUUUAUGUGUGGACUUAUUCCACUCCUGCUUCCAGUCCAGAAUUAUUAAUGAAAGAGAAGACAAGCAAAAGUUUUCUUGGGGAUUAAAGUUUAAGCAAAAGGCAGGACAGCAUGAGCCUUAUAUUUUUUUCAGUAGGAUCUAAAAUGAGAGUGAAAAUUGUAUUUGGUCCUUUAGUUAAAUUAUUAAUAUUUUUGUUCUGUGGUUUGCACAUUUCCAUCUUCGUCAAUUUGUAUCUUGUAUUUGCUAGUCUGUAGGCAAUGAAGGCAUCAUCAUUGUAUGCACAGUUGUUCAGCUGCUGUAGUGAAGAUAUUAACAAAAUUGUCAGAAAGGCAAGAACUUGCUAAAUGCUUUCUUAACUUCUGGCAUCAAAACUGACAUACCUGCACUUCUGCAGUCCUUGCUCUAUACUGACAGGUAUACACUGUCACAGUAGCUACCCUAUAUUGCAUCUUUCUGUCAGUUCCUGUUACUUUUCACAGAGGAAGGGCCUAAUCCUGUGACUGUUGCUGCUGCUCUAUAACCGUGCCCUGAACUAGGAUAUGGCAGGUCCCACCUGUUCUCAGAUAUUUGAACCUUGGCUUGUGUCUGCCUUAUAAAAGUGCUGUCACUUAGUAUUAUUGGGGAUAAUGUUUUAUGUACAGAUUAAUAUUUGUAUUAACUUCCAGAUGCUAAUUAAGCUUCACCUAGAUCUAAACAAUUAAAAGCAUUUAGUAGCAUGAAGUCACAUCUUCUGUAGACCUGUAGUUUAAGCCACCAGAUGACUUGUGUUAUGGUGUAGGUGAGAGAAACCGUUAGCUAAAAGAGAAGUUCACCACAAAGCAGAAGUUAAGCACAAAUCUUUAUGCACUCUUUGAGGCCUAAGUGGGGUACAUGAGAUUUGUGUUCUUAGUGCUGGAUGUCAGCUCAGAAGUGAGUUUAAUUCUAAAGGCUUUGUGUGAAAUUACUAAACAGCAAAGCUAUACAUGAAUUAAUAUUAUUAAUAUGAGUGGACUAAUAGUGGCAGCCUGAGACAAAAGUGAUUUGUUUAAACCAGAUGUCACGUUAAAACAAAAUGGUGCAUCAAUGUGUUGGUGCAGAAAAUGAUUGCAAAGUCAAGGUGUGGUUAUCUUUGCUUAUUAAUAUAUUUUGAAAAGUUUUUUAAUGUUAUGGCAAUUCUAUAUUAUACUAACAAUAGUGUGUCAAUAAAUCAGUAGUUAGUUGGAAGAGGAAUAUAGUACAUAUAACUGCACAGUUAUAAGCUUUUAUAUACGGAUUUUUUCUACUGUGUAUCAGCGCUCAGAUGAAAUAUAAAUUAAUAGUUGUGCUUUUUGUUUGUUUGUUAAAAGACCUAUGCUGACUUAUAGAUUAAGCAAUACAAGGAUAUUUAAUAUCAUUGUAUGCAUACAUAUCCAUAUGAAUCAGAAAUAAAGAACUGCAACCCACA